AUGCCGGCCCACUUCUACCCCGCAGAACCCGUGGCGAUGCAAAUGCCCUCCAUCGUGCACCGGAGCGGCCGAGUGCUCGCCGACCCGGGGCUGACCGCCGACCUCGUCUGUGUCGCCGAGGGCUUCCCGGUGCCGACCUACAGUUGGUUCAAGCGCCAAGGUCAGCGCAUGACUCCGGUCGAGCCAAGUCUGGGCCGUCGACAAGUGGCGGGAGUGCUGCAGUUCCGCAGUGCCCGCGAAGAGGACGCCGGCACAUACGUGUGCGUCGUCGCCAACAGCGUCGGAGAAGCCCAAGUCGACCUGGAACUCGUCGUGACACCCCAGGCCUGGGUGGCGGUAACUCCCGCGCACGUGCGGGCCGAGGUGGGUCACGCGGCGGCGUUCCGCUGCAACGCCAGCGGCCCGGGCCUGGAAGAAGGCAGCGUGGAGUGGCGCCUCAACGGCCGGCGGCAGGCGACGCGGUCACGUGUCCUCCACGUUGCCUCCAUCCGCCGCCAGGACCAGGGCAUGUACCAGUGCUUCGUGAGGAUCACACCUCAGCGCACCGUCCACGCCGCCGCGGAACUCAUCGUCGGCGACCAGGCGCCCAAGCUGCGGUCCACCUUCGAAGAGACAACAGUGCGGCCGGGCAAGCCGGUGACGCUGCGCUGCGUCGCAACGGGCGACCCUCCCCCUCGCGUCACCUGGACCCUGGACUCAACGUGGCCCAUCGACUCCCGCCACGGUCGGCUCAGGGUCCGAACAUCGGGUCCGGACUCUGGGACGACGACGGGGCAGACGGGCGGCGGUAGCGAGGUGGUCAGCACGCUGUCCAUCUCGUCCGCCGAAGUGCAGGACGGCGGAUCGUACGCUUGCGAGGCGUCCAACUACGCGGGAGUCGCCAGGCACGUGGCGCGCCUCAACGUGUACGGCUCUGUGUUCGUCAGGCCGCUCGACAACGUGUCGGCGCUGGCCGGGAGCGUGUUCGCCGUGCAGUGCCCUUUUGGAGGAUACCCGUUUGGACACGUCUACUGGGAAAAAGACGGGCGUCGGCUUCCGCUGAACCAGCGGCAGACGGCCUUCCCCAACGGCACCCUGGUCAUCCAAGGCACGGACCGGGAACCGGACCAGGGCCAGUACUCGUGCACCGUGCACGGUCCGGACUCGCAGGUGGUGCACCGCUCCAUAUCGCUGCACGUGCGCAGCGGUCCCCAGAUCACGCCGUUCAGCUUCCAGUCGAACCUGCACGAAGGCGUGCGGGCGGGACUCACGUGCCUGGUGCACGCGGGCGAUCCUCCCAUCAAGAUCGAGUGGCUGCGCGACGGCAAGCCCCUGGCCCCGGGCGCCCACCCGAGCCACGACGUGUCCGUGCUCAGUCCCGAGGGCGGCUUCGUGUCCACGCUCACGCUGCAGCGUCUCUCGUCCAGGCAGAACGGGAACUACACCUGCCGGGCGACCAACCAGUUCGCGUCGGCCGAGUACUCGGCCGAGCUGCUCGUCAAAGUGCCCCCGUCCUGGACCCUGGAGCCCAACGACACAACGGCCGUGUCCGGCCGCUCGGUUUUCGUCGACUGCCAGGCGAGUGGCGUUCCGCAGCCACACAUACGCUGGAAGAGCGCAGCAGAGCCCGAGAGCCCGGUGUCUCAGUUCCGCACCAUCAUCAGCAACUCGCACAUCCACAUCCUGGUGAACGGCACGCUGAGCAUCCGCAGCGUGGAAAGCGCCGACGCCGGCCUGUACCUAUGCGAGGCCAGCAACGGCGUCGGCUCCGGCAUCAGCCGCGUCCUCCAGCUCAACGUGCGCAGCGCUCCCAGAUUCACGGCCAAGUUCACCACGGUGGCCGUGAAGCGAGGGGAGACAGCGGAGGUGUCCUGCCCAGCGCAGGGGGACCUCCCGAUUCGCUUUCAUUGGCUCAAGAACAACCUUCCGCUCAACAUCCUCAAGGAGCACAGGUACUCGCGAAUGGAGGACCGCAGCGAUGACGUCACGGUCUCAAAGAUUACCAUCCAAUCAGCAGAGAGGUCGGACAACGCCGUGUUCUCCUGUCAGGCAGCCAACGAGUUUGGCGAAGACUCGACCAAUGUACAGCUCACCGUGCAGGAUGUUCCUGAUGCUCCGGCUGACGUGGACGUCCGUGAGGUCGGUAGUCGGACAGCGAGGGUCACGUGGUCUGCGCCUUUCAACGGAAACUCGGCCAUCACGCAAUACGUUCUUCACUGGAAGACGGCAGAUGGGCUGUGGCAGGACACCAUGUCGGUGUCGGGGAUGGAGACCAAGGCCACUAUUCGGAGCUUGCUACCCACCACCGCCUACCAGCUCCGCGUCAGGGCGGACAACGUCUUUGGAAACAGCGACUUCAGCGUCGUUACGGAGUUUACCACGUCCCAAGAACCCCCUCGCUUCCCGCCCAAGAACGUUCAAGCCACUGCGUCAAACUCCCGGGCGAUAUCAGUUUCCUUCGACAACCCGCUGCUGUCCAAGUCGGACGACCGCAUCGAGGGCUUCUACGUGGGUUACCGGGAGCUGAGCAGCCUCGAGGCGUUCACCUUCAAGACGUUCGAGUCGCUGCCGCCUACGGGCGAGCCGCACAGGGUCACCUACGAGUUGGGCGGCCUGAGGCGCUCCACGGAGUACGCCGUCACCGUGCAGGCCUUCAACGGGAAGGGGGCCGGACCCCAGUCCGAGGUCGUGCGCGUUCGAACCCUCGACUUCGAUCCUCCGAGCGCCCCACACUUGAGGAUCGGCGGCACCACCUCCCGAUCCGUGUCCGUCAACUGGGAGAACGAACACCUUCAGGAAGCUCCCAUUACGGGUUAUUCCGUCUACUACAAGUCCGAGGGUGGCGAAUGGCACGAGGUGUCCGUGCCCCACGACCGGCGAGCAUUCACCUUGUCCGACCUGAGGUGCGGAACGGAAUACCUGGUCUACAUCAGGGCCACUAACCGGGCAGGAAAGGGACCGCAAGGCGAGACACUCAGCGUCAGAACCAACGGAGGACGCCCCGUGGAGCCCGAACCGGGCAAGCUGUUCGAAAUCAACAGCACAUUCGUGGUGCUCCACCUGGAGGCGUGGGAAAGCGGCGGCUGCCCCGUGUCCUACUUCGUGGUCCAGUACCGGGCCGAGGGAACCCAGUCCGAGUGGACGCUGCACUCCAACAACGUGGUGCCGCAGCAGCAGCUCGUCCACCUGGGAGACCUGGUUCCCGGCUCCUGGUACACCCUGCUCAUGUCCGCCCACAACGACGCCGGCUCCACCGAGGUCGAGCUCAGCUUCGCCACCCUCACGCCUGCCGGUGACGUUCCUUCCAGACGCUCCGAGAUCAUGGAUCCCCAGGUUGCUUUCUACCGGCACCUCACAGUGACCGUGCCCAUCGUAAGCUCGGCCCUGGUCCUCGUCAUCGUGCUCGGCGUCGUCUGCAUUGUCCUCAGGAAGAGGACCUACGACUCUAGGCCGAGGAUGACAGACGGCAUGGUGGUGGCCGAGUGCUGCGACGCCAGCAAGGGCGACAUGAUGCUGGCCGUGUCGCACGAGUCUCAAGGCCGUCCCCAGGAGGCCGUGUACUACCCGACCCCGUAUUCGACCCACCGUGGAAGUGGGCAGCCCGCCCACUGCAACACAAGUGGCGGCGGCGGCGCUGGGGGGCCCCCCAGGCUAGACGACCCCAAGGGCCGCACCUACGACGUCCCUUAUCCCGUCAAGAGACUAGAAAUGUGGGAACCAAGUUCAGAGGCGGUGUUGACGUGCAGAGAUGCGUACGAGAAAACAGGCCUCGAGGCGCUUUACAGGAACUCACCGUAUCACAUAUCCAAGCCAAAGGUACCACAGACAACGCCGUGGAGGGAAGAUGGUGACAGGAGUUCCGGGAGUGAGAACGACACGGAAGAGCUCCUGGAAGGGGAGAGCGUGAGCGGCGGGAGGCCACAAACGUUUAUUGUGCCUCUGGACCAAGUGUCCUGGGAUCUCAACAGGCCGAAUGGCACCACGCGGUCCUGGAAAAAGUAUCCGAGUGCUUACCAGAGCUCCAGUCAUCGCUGCGCCGGCGAGUACACCUCCAUCACGUAGCCCCAGCCCCUGGCACCUAUGGACUUGUGGUUCGAGUGAUGGUUUAUGUUCCUCCAUUUCAAAUGGGACGUUUUUUCCGAGAGGCUCCGACUACGCGUUCAACCGCUGCAAGACCGGAACAGCGACGUGUGCGCGUGCGAGUGUUCUUCGACGAGUGCGUGUGUGCCUGCGGUGAAGUGUGUUCAUCUUGAACAAAAGUACGGGACAAACAAGAAAGUGUCGGCAACUCCUGAGACAAUUCUGUUUCAGACUACCGCUCGCCAUUUUUGCACCACGUAGGUCGUAACGUACGAAGCGCGCUUGUGGCUUAUAAAAAAUAAACAAAAGUAUUACGUUUGUAUUACAGUAUUAUUUACCUUCGGUGAAUUUAAGGGCAGACCUUACACAAGUUUUUUUCAUAUAUAAAAGUAGAUAAACGUCUUUUAGUUUCACAUUUUAAUUCUUGUUUUGUUUGCUGUGAACCUCUACAGCAUGCGUAUGCAUACUUUAUGGUUAACUUGGUUCUCUGAUUUAGCACUGCAAUUUAAACCUUUCUCAAUAAGUGUUCGCCCCACACCGUUUUUCUCAAUCUAUUUUGUCAUAAAAUUCGGGGAUGUUUAUUCGGGGUUCUUCUUUUCUCCCGGAUGCAGUGUUUUUUGUUGUCUGUUUUAGAUGUCGGUGAAAAAUAGGGCUUAUCACGGCUUAUGCUGCCAGGGCGAAUGGACCACUUUUAUAACAGCGUUUAUAAGACUCGCAACGCAAUUCUUAACGAGGAAAAUGAAUUAGACAGGAGAUGUGAUUAUCGAAGAAAGAAAGAGCCUUUCGGACAGUUCAAUGCAGGCUGUGUUUCGGAUCAAAACAAAAGAUUAAGUAGAGAUUCAUUCCUGAGAAUGUUUGGGUUUCACAUUUUAGAAUCAGCUCUAGCACUUUUUUUUUUUCAGUUGUCUUCGUGUUUUAUAAAAACCGCCUCGGGGUUUAUUUCCACGUUUAUUGUUAUGCAAUACAAACGAGAAAAAUCAGUUUUAGUGCUGAUUGCACGGGUCAUUAAAAAAUGAUUUCGUCAUGCUCGCAGCUAAUCUACGCACAGAGCUUAAGGUAAAAGAAAACAAGUUUUCUAGAAAGGGUAGUUGUAUAUACCUGCUGUUUUCUUUAUUAAAACGGUUGAUCGCACCUGAGGUCAAAUGAUUAUCUUCAUUAUCGUUUCUUUUGAACUAGAAUAAAGAACGAGUUUAUUGUUGGAAAA